AUGGUGCGCGGCUCCACGGCACUCCUGGCGGCCGCGGCGCGCGCCACCCUGGCCACGGGCAUCCACCUGACCUCUUUCGAUGGAGGCCAAGGCUCCCUGGAGAAUAGGUUCAGCGUCGUCGCGGACACCGGGAGCAACUCGCUCAUCGUCCCCUCGUGCGUGUGCCAGGACAAGGGCCAGUGCAGCAAGAAGGACAGGUGCUUCCGGGGCACGAACAAGUCCUCCACCUUCCACCUGGAGGUGGACGAGGAGGAGAAGCCAGUCUCCAUGGUCCUGUCGUUCGGCAGCGGGCAGAUCCAGGCCAUUGUGGCUCAGGAGCAGGUGAGCGUCGGCAAGGUCUCCCGGCACCUUAAGGACGACGGCCUGCUGCUGAUGACGGACCGCGCCCUGCAGAUCUCCGGGCCGUUCGAGGGCAUCCUGGGCCUGGGCCUGCCCCAGCCGGCCACGAACUGGACGCAGAUCGAGGAGCAGGAGCAGGCCGCGGCCGACUCCACGCUGGGCGGCGGCAGCAUGCAGGACAUCAUCCAGCAGAUCCUGGGCCAUGCGAACGGCGCUGGAGGGGCCGAGACGGCGAUCCCGGACCAGGUGAUGCGCAAGAUUUUGGACACGGCCGUGACGAACGCCAAUGGCACCACGCUGAAUGCCACGACUUUGAAGACUCACAAGCCACAUCACCGCGACUCGCCCAAGGGAUUCCUUGAGCAAGUCAACAUUCCCCGCUUCUCGAUGUGCUUCAACGACGGCGCGGACGGCGUCCUGCGCAUCGGGGGGGCGCCACUGGGCAAUGGCAGCCACGGGGGCAUGGGCACCGCACACUGGGGCGUCGACUUCCGCGGCAUCUCCGUGGGCGAUGCGGCUGCAACGCCCGUCGACUUCUGCCGCGACUCGGACAUGGCCGAGGGCCAGAAGUCGCCGUGCGGGGCCAUCCCCGACUCUGGCACGACCCUGAUGAUGGGCCCCGCUCCCCAGAUCGAGAAGUUGCUUGACAGCAUCUGCGAGCAGUGGCCCCGCUGCAAGAGCAACUACACUAAGCUGCUCGAGGCCGAGGAUGCCGCGACCAAAAUCUUCGACACCACGUACGGCGUGAACCCCUUCAGCAUGCACGGGAUCCUGAACAAGUCAGACAUUCUGCAGUUGCUGCUUCAGGAUUGCGACAGGUGGAUGACCAACGAGACCGGCACGGACGGAAUGCCAGACCUUCAUUUCCACGUCCGCGGCACGCACGGCACAAAGCAGGCCAUCAAGAUCCCGGCCCACGCGUACAUCAUGGCGUACGCGGGCGACAACGUGACGACGGCGUAUUCGCUCCUGGCGGGCGUCGGCAACAUCCCCGCAGACCCCGACGCCACGCGCGGUGCCAAGAAGGUAUGCGCCCCGGCUUUCGGAGCCAUGGACUACAACACAAAGGCGAACGGCCCGGUCUGGAUCAUGGGCACUCCCCUCUUCUACGAGUACGUUGUCGCUUACGACAUGGACGCCUCGCCGCCAGCCAUUGCCUUCCACUCCCAGCAGAACGUGCCGUGCGGCAGCUGCCAGCAGAGCCGCGCUGAGGUGAACCUGGCCCUGAAGGACCCGCGCAACCACCAGGAGUCCUCCCUGCGCAUGCCGCGCCGCGUGGAGGGAGCCCCGCGCCAGCCGAACGUGGACUACAGCCAGCCGCUCUGA